CGCGGUCACACUGGUCACACUGGUAUACAGACGCCGGAUAAAGAAAAAAAACGCAAGAGCCGCUUAACUGAAAGAGAAAAUCGCCAAAGAGAGGUGAAAAUUGAGCCAAAAGCAGCCACACGGUGUCGCAGAAACGUGUCUGAAGAAGGAAGGGGGGCCCUGUGCGCGUCUACAGCAAAACAACAAGAAGAACAAGAACAAGAUGUCUGACAUUUCCAGCGAGGACCUGCGCCGCGAAGUGCAGGCGGUGCUAAAGGAUGCCGAUCUGGCCACCAUUUCGGCCAAGCGGGUGCGCGAGCAGGUGGAGGGAAAACUCAAUUGCUCGCUGCUCGGCCGCAAGAAGGAGUUCGACAAGAUCGUCAUGGAGGUGAUAAACGAGCAGCAGGACGAGGAGGAGGAUGAUGACGAUGACAAGGAUCCCGAUGCCGAUCCAGAUGAUGAGAGCGAGCCCAGCGAGGAGGAGUCCGCCAGCAGCAGCGAGGAGGAAAAGGCCAAGAAGAAGCCGGUACAGAAGAAGCGGCCACAGCCCACCAAGCACAAGGCGCCCAAGAAGAAGCGCAAGACACUGAAUGCCGACGAUUCGGGCACUGAAAGCGAUGCUGGCUCCGAUUCCGACUACGAGGUGGUCAAGAAGCCGCCCGCAAAGAAAAAGGCCAAGUCCGCCGGUACUUCCGCCACGGGUGCACCACGCAAAAGCACCGGCUUCACCCGCGCGUACAAUCUCUCGCCCGAACUGUCCGCCCUCAUGGGCGCACCCUCGCUGCCACGUCACGAGGUGGUCAAGAAGGUGUGGGCCAUCAUCAAGGAGCGUGAUCUGUACGAUCCGAAGAACAAGCAGUUUGCCAUCUGUGACGAGGAGCUUAUGAAGGUCAUGAAGAUCCGACGAUUCCGCACCUUUGGCAUGUUGAAGCACCUCAAGCCGCAUUUCCUUGACUAAGGCAGGAGGAGGAUAGGAAGAGCACACUCCACCCAGAACCCAUCCAGAUGCAAACGGUCAGCAUGCACCACCAACCAGACACACCAAUACACACAGCACACACACACAGACAUCUCUCCUGCAUCGCAUCGCUAAAUAUUAGUUUAGUUUCUUCCCUUUUUUCUCUUCAGUCACGUCACGCAAAAAACACUUUCGGCUCUGUUCCAAUCUUUUAAGACUUAUUUUUACGCGAUGUAGACAGCGACGACCCAGGACGAGGACGAGGACCAGGACACACGCAAGCACGGUGGACUUCAAUGACUAUAAUGACGACCCAUCCACUCUGCUGGUGUGGGGUUGACCACAGCAGCAAUGUGUUUAGCAUUAAAACCUUAAUUAAGACGCAUCUACAGAACCAUUUUUAUGUAGUCUACGGCAUUUUAAUUAUACAUACAAAUUAUAACAAAAUCGAAUUGUAACAACAAAUGCAAUGCAAUGCAUAAAGAUAACGAAUGAAUGAAUGAAACAAAAUGUAUAAUUUUUUGUGUAACGUACUCGUGUAAUUUACAUUUUACAACAAAAUCAAAGAAACACAAAAACAACUUUAAGGCAUAUAAUAUCAAGAAUAAACUUUGAAAUAGUA